CAUAUUUUCGCGGCUACAAACGCCACUGUAUAUUUUCUACGAUGCAUUCUAUUGCAGCGAUAUUUUCCUAUCUACAUUGACCAAUACAUAUGGCUGUCAACGAAAUUGUUUUAAGUAAUCUUAACAAAGCUAUACCAAGCUUAACAGUAUUAUCUGAUUCUACACACGUUCAGGCAAAUCAGAGUUUUUUUUAUUGCCUUUUAACACAUUUUUUCAAAUACAUUUUCGUACACAUAUCUUUAAAUAGUAGUGCAUUCAUUACGUCUGUGCCUACAGUGUGUAAGCAAUUGGUGAUCACAUUAAAUCAUCAGAAGCAAUUGUCAAUCUGAUCUCAUCAGACACAAGAUUCAUCAUUAUGUGCGCGAAAAUGGCUUUUCAGCAUCAAGCUGGCACCGCUAUGGAAUGCUUAAGUAUACCAAUUAUAUUAGUCAAAGAAACGGAUGUUAAUGAAAAUGGGGAAGAAGUGAUGAAGUGUGGCUUCAAAAUUGGAGGUGGUAUUGAUCAAGAUUUUAGAAAAAGUCCUCAGGGUUAUACAGAUAAUGGUAUAUACGUAACUGAAGUACACGAAGGAUCACCAGCAGCAAAGAGCGGGCUUCGUAUGCAUGAUAAAAUUUUACAAUGUAAUGGGUAUGAUUUUACCAUGGUAACGCAUAAGAAAGCAGUGUCAUAUAUUAGAAAGCAUCCAGUAUUAAAUCUAUUAGUAGCACGUAAAGGAGUAACAAGUACUUAAAUAUCAAAUAAGAGAUAUGUUUGGUCUAAGAAAAAUAUUUAUUUUGCUCUAUACAAUAACAAAGUCAAUUUAUUGGAGCUACAUGUCUGCCAAAUAUCAUAUUAGAUUAUGACCAUUAGUAAGAUAUCUUUAAAUUAGUUUUCACAAAAUGACUAAAUACUUGGUACUUUACUUUCUACUUUAUAAAUGUUAUAUCUAAUAAUUAUUUACUAUUCCAAUUAAAAUAAGAGCAUAAAUGUUAAUUGAUGGAUAUCCAUUGAUUGUUAUAAUUAUAUUGCAGGCAUAAUAUCUGUUUCUAAUUGCAAUAAGAAUCAAGCAUUAGAACGAUAG